AUGGAGGUCAGGUACAACCAAGAGACGGAAGGGAUGGUGCUGAAGAAUGGACUAAAGGAGGGAAAGGAUGGCAAGGACUCCCAGGGCAGCUUGUCCAAAAGCUUCCUCAAGGAGCAGCAGGACUCCUUUUCCUCCUCUGGGACUCUGGACAACUGCGAGAAGAACAGAGGGAGCACAGGGGACCCAGACUACUGCCGGAGAAUCCUAGUCCGAGAUGCUAAAGGCUCCAUUCGUGAGAUUAUUCUGCCGAAGGGUUUGGAUUUGGACCGGCCCAAAAGAACCCGCACCUCUUUUACUGCAGAGCAGCUCUACCGGUUAGAGAUGGAGUUCCAGAGGUGCCAGUACGUGGUUGGGAGGGAACGGACUGAACUGGCCCGCCAGCUCAAUCUGUCUGAAACUCAGGUGAAGGUGUGGUUCCAGAACCGGCGCACUAAGCAGAAGAAGGACCAAGGGAAGGACUCUGAGCUGCGUUCAGUGGUUUCAGAAACAGCAGCAACCUGCAGCGUCCUAAGACUGCUGGAGCAGGGGCGGCUGCUGACACCUCCGGGCUUGCCAGGCCUUCUACCCCACUGCAGCAGUGGCACUCUGGGCUCUGCCCUGCGCCCUCCCUCCAUGGCCAUGGCCAGCAAUGGCAGCAAUAACAGCAACAGCAGUGGUGGAGGCAGCACUGGCACGGCAGGCGGCAGCCCUCCUCUACCCACUGUCACCAGCUCAGGGACAGUGGCAGGCCUGCAGAGCUCAUCUGCAGCACACAGCCUCUUCAGCUUCCCCAUGCCCUCCUUACUCAGUGGCGUCGCCACCCGCAUUUCCUCCAAUCCCCUGUCCAUGGCUGGAUCGCUGGCUGGAAACCUGCAGGAACUUUCCGCCCGCUACCUUAGCUCUUCUGCUUUUGAGCCUUACUCACGGACCAAUGGCAAAGAAUCAAUGGACAAGAAAAUUCUGGAAUGA